AUGGCGGUGCGUCGCAGCGCAGACGGACACAGAGGGGCUGCCGCUGCAGGAGCUCGCCUCGCCUCCGGAGUGGCCUCUCUCAGUGCAACGCGGCUCUCAGUAGUGUCUCCAGCUUCAGAAGGCAGCUUCAGACACGAAUCUAGUAAAACAAACAUAACGUCUAUGAGCCGUGAGGACGGAGACAGCAGAGGGGCAGCCGGCGAGGGAGGGCGGAGACAGCAGAGGGGCAGCCGGCGAGGUAGGACGGAGACAGCAGAGGGGCAGCCGGCGAGGGAGGACGGAGACAGCAGAGGGGCAGCCGGCGAGGGAGGACGGAGACAGCAGAGGGGCAGCCGGCGAGGGAGGACGGAGACAGCAGAGGGGCAGCCGGCGAGGGAGGACGGAGACAGCAGAGGGGCAGCCGGCGAGGGAGGACGGAGACAGCAGAGGGGCAGCCGGCGAGGGAGGACGGAGACGGCAGAGGGGCAGCCGGCGAGGGAGGACGGAGACAGCAGAGGGGCAGCCGGCGAGGGAGGACGGAGACAGCAGAGGGGCAGCCGGCGAGGGAGGACGGAGACAGCAGAGGGGCAGCCGGCGAGGGAGGACGGAGACAGCAGAGGGGCAGCCGGCGAGGGAGGACGGAGACAGCAGAGGGGCAGCCGGCGAGGGAGGACGGAGACAGCAGAGGGGCAGCCGGCGAGGGAGGACGGAGACAGCAGAGGGGCAGCCGGCGAGGGAGGACGGAGACCGCAGAGGGGCAGCCGGCGAGGGAGGACGGAGACGGCAGAGGGGCAGCCGGCGAGGGAGGACGGAGACGGCAGAGGGGCAGCCGGCGAGGGAGGACGGAGACGGCAGAGGGGCAGCCGGCGAGGGAGGACGGAGACGGCAGAGGGGCAGCCGGCGAGGGAGGACGGAGACAGCAGAGGGGCAGCCGGCGAGGGAGGACGGAGACAGCAGAGGGGCAGCCGGCGAGGGAGGACGGAGACAGCAGAGGGGCAGCCGGCGAGGGAGGACGGAGACAGCAGAGGGGCAGCCGGCGAGGGAGGACGGAGACAGCAGAGGGGCAGCCGGCGAGGGAGGACGGAGACAGCAGAGGGGCAGCCGGCGAGGGAGGACGGAGACAGCAGAGGGGCAGCCGGCGAGGGAGGACGGAGACAGCAGAGGGGCAGCCGGCGAGGGAGGACGGAGACAGCAGAGGGGCAGCCGGCGAGGGAGGACGGAGACGGCAGAGGGGCAGCCGGCGAGGGAGGACGGAGACGGCAGAGGGGCAGCGGGCGAGGGAGGACGGAGACGGCAGAGGGGCAGCCGGCGAGGGAGGACGGAGACGGCAGAGGGGCAGCCGGCGAGGGAGGACGGAGACAGCAGAGGGGCAGCCGGCGAGGGAGGACGGAGACAGCCGAGGGGCAGCCGGCGAGGGAGGACGGAGACAGCAGAGGGGCAGCCGGCGAGGGAGGGCGGAGACAGCAGAGGGGCAGCCGGCGAGGGAGGACGGAGACAGCAGAGGGCAGCCGGCGAGUGAGGACGGAGACAGCAGAGGGGCAGCCGGCGAGGGAGGACGGAGACGGCAGAGGGGCAGCCGGCGAGGGAGGACGGAGACAGCAGAGGGGCAGCCGGCGAGGGAGGACGGAGACAGCAGAGGGGCAGCCGGCGAGGGAGGACGGAGACGGCAGAGGGGCAGCCGGCGAGGGAGGACGGAGACAGCAGAGGGGCAGCCGGCGAGGGAGGACGGAGACAGCAGAGGGGCAGCCGGCGAGGGAGGACGGAGACAGCAGAGGGGCAGCCGGCGAGGGAGGUCGGAGGCAGGAGAGGGGCAGCCGGCGAGGGAGGACGGAGACAGCAGAGGGGCAGCCGGCGAGGGUGGACGGAGACAGCAGAGGGGCAGCCGGCGUGGGAGGACGGAGACUGCAGAGGGGCAGCCGGCGAGGGUGGACGGAGACGGCAGAGGGGCAGCCGGCGAGGGAGGACGGAGACGGCAGAGGGGCAGCCGGCGAGGGAGGACGGAGACAGCAGAGGGGCAGCCGGCGAGGGAGGACGGAGACGGCAGAGGGGUAG